GGUGCCCACAUACAAAUGCAGCAAGUCGUUGUCGGGCUCCCUGCCCCCUCUGUCAAAGCAUUGCGCCACCUCCAAAAACCCACCCCUAUGGGCGGCGGAAAGCGUCACUCCUCCGCCACUUCCACCUCCGGGAAGAAGUGUAAGCCCUCCCCCAGUCCCCCCCUCACCGCGGAGGACCUCACCCCUGUCCUCUCUCUCGUCACCUCCGCUGUCUCCCUCUCCCUCCGCUUCCUCUCCGACUCCGACCUCCUUCUCCUUCCCUCCCAAACCCUCUCCCUCGAAUCCUCCCUCCUCUCCGCUUCCCUCUCCCUCUCCCGCCUCCUCUCUCUCCUCCCCCCUAGUUCCCUCCAAUCCCUCCAAACCCUAACCCUAGAGCCCGCACAUUCAUCUUCUUCCUCCUCUUCUUCUUGGUUCCUCCGCUUCCUCUCCUCCUCCUCCUCCCAUGGCUCUGAUCCCCGCUGGAUCGAAGUUUUUCGCAUGUCCAAGCCCUCCUUCUACCUCCUUCUCCAGCACCUCUCCCCUUCCCUGCAGUCGGAUCCCUCCUCCGGCCCGCCGGACCACAAGCUCGGCGCCGCCCUCUUCCGCCUCGCCCACGCCGCUCCCUUCCGCGGCGUCGCCUGCCGCUUUGGCCUUCCGUCCCCCGCCGCCGCCUGCCGCGCCUUCUACCUCGUUUGCAAGGCUGUCGCCGACCAGCUUGGCCACCUCUUCGAGCUCUCCUCCGACCUCCAGCGCGUGGUACAGGGGUUCACCUGGAUGUCCCUCCCUAAUUGCUGCGGCGUGCUUGGCUUCGCCCGGUUCUUCGUCGAGGGGGAGUUCAAGGGGGGGUCGGUGAUCGCCCAGGGGUUGGUGGAUUCGGAAGGGAGGUUCCUUGAUGUAUCUGUUGGGUGGCACGGGUCGAUGACCCCAGCACAGAUUAUUACAAGAACCAAGCUUUACAAAGCUCAGCAUGUGGUGCUUGCUGGGGGUCCUCCUGUAGAGCUGAAUGGGGUGUCGGUGCCUCGGUAUCUCUUGGGAAGUUCUUGCUGUCCGCUGCUUUCCUGGCUCCUGACGCCGUUCAAAAUGGUGGAUUCAAGGUCGAGUUCCUCCAAAGAUUCGAUUUUUAACAGUGUCCAUGCUCGAGGGAUGGAGCUGGCUGACAGGGCUUUUGGGAGGGUUCGGGCGAGGUGGCAGCUACUUCAGACGAGUUGGAAGGAUGAGUGUGCCGAGGCCUUGCCUUAUGUUGUGGUAGCUAGCUGUUUGCUUCAUAAUUACCUUAUCAAAUGUAGUGAGCCUAUGCCAGAUGAGAUUGAGGUGUGUGUGAAGGAGCCUAAGUUUCCGGACUUUGAGGGCAAGGGGGAUGAGGCUGGAGAGAGGAUCAGAGAUGCACUCACCUCGCACAUGAGCCUGGUAAUUCAUGAGUAAUGAAUGCCUUGUCGCCAUACAAUUUUGUUCAUUGUAUCUGUUGUGUAUUUCUUGCAUAAUUUUAAAAUGCUAAUUUAAUUCUAAGUUCUUCAGGAAACUGCUUUUGUGGCCUUACCAGCGUUGCUAUCCCUUUGCUGCUAUUGUCAUAUGAAUCCUUAGAUCCUCAAGCUGGGUUCACAUAUCUUUAGAUUGUUGAGUUAGAAUAAUACAUCUUGGUAGUGCAAAAUUGUUUUGCCUUCUAGAAUAA